UCUCCAGGGCAAUACCGGAACAAAAAUUAUGUUCAAUUUCGUACGCUUUUCCCUUUCUUUCUUGCACGAAAUUAUCCCUCGCAACCCUAUAUCAGUCAGAACGACGUCGUCGGGAACCUUUCGCCGAUUCUUGGACACCGGAGAAGCGAUAAAGCUUUUCAAAUUGCGGCUUUUUUUCAGCUCUGGAUAAUUUGAUUAGGUUAUGGAGGGGAGGGGAUGGUUGAUUGUUGCAGUUUUUAUAUGUUUGUUUGGAUUUUCAUCGUGUCGAGAGUUGAAGGUGACGGUGAAGCACAAGCAUAAUCAGCAUCAUCACUUGGCAACAUACAAUCAUACACUUGCAAGAAUAUUGGUGCAAUAUGCUUCAGCUGUAUAUUUGUCAGACUUGACUGAGUUGUUUACGUGGACCUGCUCAAGAUGUGAUGGUCUAACUAAGGACUUUGAAAUGGUCGAGUUGAUUGUUGACGUGAAGCGGUGCUUGCAGGGAUUUGUCGGGGUUGCAACAGAUCUUAACGCCAUUGUGAUUGCAUUCAGAGGAACACAGGAACGCAGUAUACAAAACUGGGUGGAAGAUUUGUACUGGAAACAGCUUGAUAUUGAUUACCCCGGAGUUGAUGGUGCAAUGGUUCAUCAUGGUUUUUAUACUGCUUACCACAAUACAUCAGUACGGCCCGGAGUUCUAAGAGCUGUUCGAAAAGUAAAGAAUUUGUAUGGAGACAUUAAGAUUAUGGUAACUGGGCACUCGAUGGGAGGGGCAAUGGCUGCUUUAUGUGGACUUGAUCUCCGUCUCAGUCUUGGAGAGCAGAAUGUUCAGGUUAUGACAUUUGGGCAACCUAGGAUUGGGAAUGCUGUCUUUGCAUCCUACUUUAAUCAAAUUGUGCCAGACACCAUUCGUGUCACGAAUGGACAUGAUAUUGUGCCUCAUUUGCCCCCAUAUUACUAUUAUUUUCCUCAAAAGACGUACCAUCACUUCCCAAGAGAGGUCUGGCUCUACAAUAUUGGUCUCGGAAGCUUGAUUUAUACAGUCGAGAAGGUUUGUGAUGGUUCUGGGGAAGACCCAACCUGUAGCAGGUCAGUGAGAGGAAACAGUAUUUCUGAUCACUUGAAGUACUAUGGUGUUGAAAUGGGAUGUGAUACGCCAAGCGGAUGUAGAAUUGUGAUGGACCCACGUGUUGUUGCCUAUGCCAGAAAAGAUCUUGAUGGCAAUCUUAUCUUAUCCAGGGAUCUGUCAAAUUCUAUUUUGAAACUGAAUACAGAUAGAGGAGAUCAGGGCAGUUCGGCUUAGAUACUAUUUCCAGUCAAUUAUUGUGAAAGAGGAAGCACAGAAGCCACUUAAUUUUUUAUUUUCAGGUGCGUAUCUUGGGGCCAUAGCUUGCGGAUAACACGGCGUGACUUCACAUGAGGAGUAUCUUGUAUAUAUAAAUUAUUCUUAUGUAUAUUAAAAUUAAUUUCUAUGUGAAUAACAAAUACCUAUUGUGCAUAAAUAAUAUAUUUUGCACCCCAAAGGGGAAAAUGGAAAACGGUUAUUUCAUUCAA